AUGAAUCCCCAACCGUGUCUGGUCAUUGUUGAGAAAAGUAACAGGGGCUCCGGUUGGGUUAAGAAACCAAGGCGAACGGAUAGCAAAACCAGCCUUGUGAAAUCAGAAAAUCUUAGAAGGUCUAUCAACACUGACAGGAUAUUGAUGAUGGACUCGGGGGAGCCAGAGGAGCAUGAUAGUGACGAGGGAGAAUAUCAAAGCCUUGAAGAGCAGGACAUGGUCCAGUACAGAGUAUGCUACUCUCAUCCAAAGUACACCAAGGAGUUGGAUUUCUGUAAAAAGGAAGACGUUAAGAAGAAGAGAUGUCCAGCAGGUCGUUCAGGGAACAACCCUGGGAGACAAAAGCGGGUUGUGUCGUGUAAGAGGAAGACCCACCAUCUCAAUAUCUGUCGAAGGAAGCAGCCAGCCACAUGGAAAACUUAUGAUGUGGCCAACAAGGAGAACGAAAUGGCCUGUGUGCAGGACAUGGAAGAGAUAUUCUAUAUGGACCCAUGGGAGUUUCCACUCACUGCCCCCCAUCCUAACAAGACUGAUGAGGCUGGUUCAAAAAACAGUGACUACUUCACAGAGUUGUCAAAAGACCACAACACAAUGACAGAGGUGCUCUUUGGAAGAAAUCUGAGACUGAGUGUAGCUUUGACCCUGUGGCAAAGAAAUGUUGGAGAACUGCUUACGUAUUUUUUAAGGAUCCAAGACACUGGUGUGUUUGUUGAUUUUCUUCCAGUGAUAACAAAAAGCCUUGAUGGUGAGUCAGAGUCACCCAGCGUUUCCAUUGGCUGUUGUGUUGACCUUUUCCCCCUAGUGAAAAAGGUCCUCACUACUCCAUAUGAAGAGCACCUGGUAGCUGGUUUACGAUUGGUACAAUCAGUAUUAAGACAUUGGUGGCCAGAGCUCUCAGCAAGUGGAGGAACUGACACGCAAUCUAUGGAUGGAAAUAUCGAAGUGUUCAAACAGCAGCUAAAGGAGUUUUGGAACCAGGAGCCUCAUUUGAGUUCAGUUCCAGGAAGUGCAGGUGAAAUAGCAAAGGUUAUAGACUAUUACCUGUUACAAUUGCCCUGAUCGCAAUUGUGGCCCAUGCCAAGCUCCAGUCCAGUCCUGAUGACAUGUCGUUGGAAAGUUGGAAACCACAUAAGAACACAAUAGACUUGUGACACACUGAUCUGCACUACUUGACUUUUGAUGUGGGGAAAAGCAUUACCAAAUUAAUUUGAUGGCUCCUAAACAGUGCCCAAAGAGUGCCUGCUGUAGAGUGCCAGAGAGCCACUCCAGACAAUGAUUGUGCCUUGUUAUUUUUUAAGAAUUUUAAUUACAAUUUGAGAUGACCAACCCUUGUCCACAAUUGCUAACAUGACUUAACCUCACUAAAUUUCAUGAAAGUGAGUGCAAUUGAUAGGUUACAGUAGAGAACCAAUUUAAGUUGUGUUGGAUAAAUUAAAAUGGUACUUGAAAUUGUUUUAUUGUAAAUUAAUCAAUUAUUUUUAAAUGAAAA